AUGGGUGCGAACAAGCUCCUCCCUACCGCCUACAGCUUCUCCCAGCUCCAGACACUCCCGCUCUCCCUGUCUCUCCGCCGGACGAUAUUGCGGGCGCAUUACCAGCAUGACCCCUUUUCGAUCCGUGCCCCGAGACUGAACACAUUCCGCGCAUCGUCGUCGUCGUCAUCCUCCUCCUCCUCCGCCGCCGCCUCCGCUACUAUCGACGACCGAAUCGUGCGGCCACUUGUCCCUCCCCCGCGCGAAGGGUCAGGACCUCUUCUCUCGCGGCGCCCGGACCGCGCACUACCGGACCUCCCGCGCCCGAUCUCGAUCUGGCUCAAGACCCUUCCCGUGUUCAUCGUGCUGGUGACGCUCGCGUCGCUGGCCAUCUUCAACUACGAAAAGUCAUCGUCCUCGACCGUCAACUCAAUCCUGUACGCCCUGCGCACCAACCGCCACGCGCGCGAGCUGCUCGGCGACGAAAUCUACUUUGCCAGCAAGGUGCCGUGGAUCAGCGGCGAGCUGUCGCCCAUGCAGGGCACCAUCGACAUCAGCUUCUGGGUCAAGGGCACGCGAGGCACGGCAAAGACCAAGUUCGUCAGUCUCCGACGGAACAGCCGCGGCGGGUUUUUCGAGACGCUCGAGUGGAGUCUACAGACCGAGGAUGGGACCGUGGUGCAGUUGCUCGACAAGGAGGGGACGAGGGAUCCCCUGGAGGGACAGCGGUUCGACUAG